GGCAGGGCGGAAAGCGGCGGCUGCGGACCUGCUCCCUCCCCACCAGCGCCUCGGGGCUGAGGUGUUACGAGCUGCUCCCGGCCUCGUUGUUCCACUCACAAACUCUUCGGAGUAUGGCUGUCAUCCUGCAGAGGGCCUUCCACCUGCAGCCUUUCACCCCUGGAGCGGGAAGCCGGAGGUCGGUCGGCCGAGGCUGCCUGGGGCCAGCGGCUGGAAGCGGGACAUCGCGUUUGGCGGCGGCGAGGGAAGGAAAAGCCGGAGGGAGCCGCAAAUUCCCUGAGGCCGGAUCAGUUUUGCCUCCUCCCGCGCUGGCGUCCCAUUGGCUCUCCUCCGUGCCGCUCCUCUCACUGCCUUCACUUAUUGGGCGACGUCGCCGUUGAGUCCCGCUCCCAACUUCCUCGUGGCUGUCGGUUUUGUGGUGCCCGCCCUGAGGAGCCGUGGUCGCGGUCGUGCUGCAACCCCGGGGCGGUGGGCGGCAGCCCGGAUGGUGGCUCCCUAGGUGUGGCGUGGCAACUAGAGUGUGAUCAUGACAGCCAAUGCUCAUAAUCCCUCUGAAGGGAGUCUUAUGCCUUCAACAGUAGGCUUAGUCCUUUCUAACCUGAAUGACUCUGAUAAGCUAAGUAGAUCCUACCCCUUGGCCAGCAAGAGCAGGAAAAGUCAGCUCUCCGAACUCUGCCGGCUUAGAGCAUCUCUGCCUGGGGAGAAAUGGAGCUCUUACUGUUUGUCUUCACUGGCAGCUCGUAACAUUUGUACCAGCAAAACUGGUAACUUGUGGGUUCAGUGGGAGUCUGCCUUUCCCUCCACUUCUGUUGGAAGUUCUGCUUCUUGCUCCUUUUUGCAUGCCCUCACUGUGGAAGAAUCCAGCCAGCACCUUCCAACUGCUGCACGAAAUCUGAACAAAGCCAUCUUCACUGUGGAUGCCAACACAACAGAGAUCCUAGUGGCUAAUGACAAAGCCUGCAAGCUGCUUGGGUGCAGUAGUCAGGAACUCAUUGGUCAAAAGCUGUCCUGCUUGAUAUCCAAAUCCAGUCAAGAGGUGUGGGAAGCUGUGGGUGAGGAGUACAUAGAAAUUGAUGAUUGUUCAUCGGUGUUUUCAGGAACUGUGGUGGAUGUUAUAGGCUGUCUGAAAGAGAAGAUCCCUGUCUCGGUCUGGCUGAGGCGAAUAAGAAGCAAGGACAACCAGCGUUGUGUGGUUGUGCUGGAACCAGUGGAAGGACUUUCAGCUUCUGUUUCCUUCAGGGUUGAUGGAGAAAUUAUAUCGUGUGACCUUCUUUUUGCCCAUCUCCAUGGCUACCCAACAUUGGAAGAAGUAGUUGGGCUCCACAUAAAGGACCUGAUUCCUUCUGUGCAGAUCCCUCCUCUAGGCAAAAAAAUCCCAAAGAACCUCAGGAUCCAGCGAGCUGUAGGCCGAUCCAGAGAAGGUAACAUGUUUCCUCUGAGUUUAAAGCUGCAAGUAAGCUUUCUGGAGGAGGACCAAGCAGCAGUGCAGAAAGAUGGUGUUCCGCAGACAGAAAAAGAAGGCUCUUUCACAGACUAUCAUUACUCUGCUACAGUUGUGGUUUUCUCCACCAUCAGUGGUCUUAUUACUGUCCAAUCAGAUGGAACCAUCUGUGGCAUCAAGGACAGUUUUGCUUUAAUGCUCUUUGGCUAUGAGAACAAAGAACUCUUGGGAAAGAACAUUACGUUCCUGAUCCCCAGUUUCUAUAACAACAUGGAGAGAAGCAGUGACUGUUCUUUGCUAUUACCUCCGCUUAAUGACUCCAUGGGGACAGAGAGUGAGUGCAUCUCUGAAGAUGUUACUGCCUGCCAUACAACUGUCUCUAGCUGCUGGAAAAAAGACAGCAGCUUCUUGGCUGCAUCUUUAGCAAGGCUUCUUUCAAGAGAUGAAGAGCUGAAAUUGGAAAGAAGACAAAAAGAUGACAAAUCAAUACAUGAUGAGACUAAACAAAGGAAUGGGACCGGUUUAUUUUCUACUCCCUCACCUCCUGAAGUGGCAUGCACACCCUCUAAUAGGCUAGAACACAAUCUAGAUACUGCAUCCUAUGACCCAAUUAAGCUGCCUUCUGAUGUUACUUGUGACUCAUGUGGAACACCAACAAUAGAUGAGCCAUGGUCUGGGACAACGCUGGACAGCAGACGAGACUUUCAAAGCCACAUGGUUACAGGGCAGUUGUCAAAAACAAACUUGAUGUGUAAUGCAAAACAUUCCAGUCUUGAGCACAUUGUCACUGAAAAUUGCCUGCUAAAUGAUGCUUCAUCCUUCUUUGCAAAUGAAGGAAAUAGUACCCAUAAUGUUUGCUCAGGAAAUAAAAUGGGUUGCCAUGCUUCUGCGCCAGGAGUUGCUACAGCCUCUGAAGAUGUUAAAGAAUCAGACGCUGAGCUGAACUGUAUUUGCUCUGGUCUUGAGGUACUGGGUCUGAAUGUUGGAGUCAAGAGGGAUUCACAUGAUUGUUUAGGUAUUACUGCAGCCCUUGUAGGAGUAUCCUCCUCUAAUGCAGUGGACUCAGCUGUAGACAAUACGCUAAGACAGAAGAACAGUGCCUUUUCAACUGGGCAAGAAAAGCAGCAGUUGAACGGUGUUGCCAUAGAGGAUGGGUCUGUGUGGCUGGCCUCCCAAAGUCACUUAGAAAACUCUGAAGAACCCUCCAAAGCAUUUCUUGAGAAGCCUGAUAUUCUUGCAGAGGCUGGUGGGGACAACAUCAACAGAAACCCACUGAAAAACAAAGGUAGUCCUGAAGAAGACUGUCUUUUGCAUGGGCAGCAAAAUAUGGAGAAAAAAGUAACAUCGACCCCAGUGAAACAAGGAGGAGGGCUGAAUCCGGCAGCUCCUUUGACCUUGGAGAUCCUGGAAGGCAGCUACACUGGGAAUUGCUGUCACAGAGAUGGUUCACAGUUAAGUAUACUCUUUGAAGUGAAACGUGUAGAACUGCAGGACCCUGCCAUACUUUUCUGUGUCUGGGUGGUGAAGGACUUUCUACAGAGCCAGAAGGAAGCUGUAGCAAAGGCUCAGCUUUUCCUCUCCAGUCUAGUAAGCUCUGCCCAGUCUAUUGGAGAUCUUUCUACACAUAGUCUCGGAGAAGCCAUCAGAUCAACUUCACUUUUUGAGAAUUCCCAAAGAGCCGAAGAGCUUGAAGGAUUAAGGGCAUGUGAGGGAGAAUAUGCAAAAAAUUACAACACACUCAGUCUUAUUGGCAAAGGAUCUUUUGGCUUUGUCUGGACUGCCAGGGGCAAGAAAGAUGACCAGGAGGUUGUCGUAAAGUUCAUCUGGAAGGAGAGGGUACUUGAGGACUGCUGGGUAGAUGAUCCUGAUCUGGGGAGAGUUACUCAAGAAAUUGCAAUCCUCUUGAAACUGGAGCACCCCAGUAUCAUUAAGGUGCUGGAUGUAUUUGAAAAUGAAUACUUCUUCCAGCUGGUGAUGGAGAAGCAUGGGCCUGGUCUGGAUCUCUUUACAUUCAUUGAUAAUCAGCCCAACUUGGAUGAGCCAUUAGCGAGCUAUAUAUUCAGACAGCUUGUGUCAGCUGUGGCAUAUCUCCACUGUAGAAACAUCCUUCACAGAGAUAUCAAGGAUGAAAACGUUGUCAUUGCUGAAGAUUUCACAAUCAAAUUAGUGGACUUUGGUUCAGCUGCCUACCUGGAACCCAGCAAAUUGUUUUAUACCUUCUGUGGGACAAUUGAAUACUGCUCACCAGAAGUGCUGUCUGGCAAACCGUACCAUGGCCCUGAGCUGGAGAUGUGGUCACUGGGUGUCACCCUUUAUACCCUAGUCUUUGGAGAGAAUCCCUUCUGUGAGCUGGAGGAGACCAUGGCAGCCAUCCUGAAUCCUCCACGGCCUGUGUCAAAAGGUCUCAUGAAUCUCAUCGCUGGGCUUUUGCAUCCUGUUCCAGAGCAGCGCAUGACUCUGGUAAUGUUAGUAGAGCAUCACUGGCUGAAGCAGCCAGUGAACCUGGGUGACUAUACCUGGGAAGAGGUAUACACCUCUGCUGAGAUAUGAGUCUCAUGUCUGAGGCAGGUGAGAUGUUGCUCUGAAGGCUUUCUCCUCCACCUGCGCCCACCAAGCACACGGGAAUGAUUUGUAAGAGAAGACCAAGCUGUGGAUAGCAAGAUACUUCUCAUUAGGAGGUCAUCUGCUGAUGCACAAAUGCGCUCAGUUUGAAGAUAUGUAUGUCCUCCCGCAGGACCUGUGGUUCACCCCUUGCACUUUGUCUUUCUCCCUAAAAAGCAGCAAAUAAAGGAACGGUUCUGGCGAGUGCACACAUGGACACAGGCUCCUAGCUCCUCAUGUGGAGACCGAGCCAUGCUUGAAUACUCCCAACCAUGAGCAUGCAGAUCCCCGCUGGCAAGAAGCAGUGG